ACAGCAAGACAAGCCCAGCUCAGAAAAGGACUAAAAAGAAUCUGCAUGAUUUAGCACUGACAUUCUUUACAUUGCUUAUUUGCCUUCUCACACUGAAGCUCCUCACUAUUGAGAAGUCAGCAUGUCAUUCCGUGCUCAUUCCUUACAUGGAGGCCAAGCUGGACAUGGCUUUAGCAGUAUGUCAGUUGGCAGUCCAUUGAGCAGAAAGAUUAGCAAAGCUGGUUCACAAGGAGGUGGAUUUAGGAUGAGUACUGGUGGGCAAACCACUGCCAUCUAUAACUCUAGAUGGGGUGGUGGUACUGGUAGUCUAUAUGGUGACCUUGGUGGUCAGUUCAGCAGCUCUUCUGGAAGGUUCCUACAUUACAGCAGUGACCUUGGUGCUAGUGCUGUUGGUUUUAGUAUUGCAGGUUCUGGUUAUGGAGGUGGUGUCAGCACUGCAAGCUAUGGUGGUGGGGCUGGUCAUAAGUCCCUACCCAUUACUGCAGUGACAGUUGACCAAUCUCUGCUAGCUCCACUUAACCUACAGAUUGAUCCUCGCAUCGGGCAAAUCAAGCACGAGGAAAAGGAACAGAUAAAAACCCUAAAUAAUACUUUUGCAAAUUUCAUUGAUAAGGUUCGUAUCUUGGAACAGAAAAAUGCUGUGCUGCGAACCAAGUGGGAACUGUUACAACAGCAGGACGGUGGAGCAGCUGGAAGAGGGGGAAGGAACGAUCUCACUCCCAUAUACAAGGCUCAUAUCCAAAACCUCCAAAAGCAGCUAGACUUCCAGAACAAUGAGAGACAAAGGCUUGAAAAUGAGAACAAUGCCAUGCAGCAAACUAUCGACAAUUUCAGAAACAGGUAUGAAGAUGAAAUAAACUUACACUUUGAUGCAGAGAAUGAAUUUGUUGUUCUGAAGAAGGAAGUGGAUGCUGCUUAUAUAGACAAGAUUAACUUGGAAGCAAAUGCUGAAAAGUUAACUGAUGAGAUGGAGUUCCUGAGGAAUCUGCAUGCUUUGGAAAAACAAGCUAUGCACAGUAACAUCGAGGACAUUAAGGCCAUUGUUCAGAUAAACAACAACAGGGAAUUUGACCUACAAGGCAUACUUGAUAUCUACAAGGCACAAUAUGACGAAAUGGGAAAAAGAACUCGUGGUGACUCUGAGCAAUAUUAUCAGAAAAAGUACAGAGAGCUGGAGCAAUCUGCAGGCAAAUCUGGAGAUGACAUCAAGAACACAAAGCAUGAAAUUGCUGAACUUCAGAGGAUGAUACGGAAACUGAGGAAUGAAAUUGAAAAGGUUAAUCAGCAGUGUGCCACGCUGGAGUCCCAGAUUGCUCAUGCUGAGGAACAUGGAGAACAGGCUCUUCAAGAUGCUAGAGCUAAGCUCGCUGAGUUACAAACUGCUUUACAGAAGGCCAAAGAAGACAUGGCCUUUAAACUGCAACAGUACCAAGAGUUGAUGAACAUCAAGAUGCAGCUGGAUAUGGAAAUUGCUACUUACAAUAAGCUGCUGUGUGGAGAAGAGGGCAGGCUAACUGGUGAGAUUGGUACAGAUGCCACUGUGUAUGUACAGUCCUCAAGCUCUGCUGCUGGAAUGGUCACUAGAGGAUCUGGUGGAGGUCUCAGCCUGGGAGGAGGUGGUGGUCAAUCUGCUGCAGGAAGAGUCACUGGAUUUGGAUCGACAAGUUUAGGAGGGAGUGGAACAAGAGAUAUUGCAAGUUCGAGCAGUAUACGCAGUGGAUUAAGUGGAGGGCCAGUCUCAAAGCCAAAGGCAGCCAUCAUUAUGACUAUUGAGACAGGGCAUUCUAUCAUUCGAUAGCAUACAAGCUGCAUACCAUUUCUGAAUCUCACUUCUUCACUAUAUUUUAACAGUAAAGUAGUCUGUACUAUGUAAUCUAUGUAUUACAAUGGAGAGUGACAGUUAAAGUUGGUAAUGUCAGUAUGAGAGUUACAAGAACUAAGGUGUUCUCUAUAGCAGCUAAAUCAAUCUGUAAUGCAGUAUAUUGUUUAGGUAGCUAUAAAGCCAACAAAGGUAUAGCAAUGUACCUGGUUGUUAACUGCAGUGGAUAUUGUCAAGAAUGUACACAAUCUAGCAUUAUCGCAUGACAAAUUACAUUAACCGUCAUUAAACAGACAUGUUCCCUGAAUGCAGCCUGCUGCAAUUGGCAAUCUUUGUUGUCUACAUGCAUUCCAUCUCCUAUAUGUGAAUGUAGCAUUCCCUACUGUAUGUCUGUUAUGGUCGCAGAAAGAUUUUUCAUACUUUAUUCUGCUAUUAGCAACACAAUGUUUAAAAAUAAUCUAUUGAUCAUAUUGAUUUUAGUAUGAAGAGAGAAAUUAUAAAUUGUCUUGGAUGAAGAGAGAAAUUAUAAAUUGUCUUGUAUUACCUUGUUUAACUGCCAUAAAAGAAGCUAGUUUAUAAUCUGGCAAAACUUUGUGACACAAAAUAUGAAAAAUAAAGCGUAAAUUACUAUCUUUUUUCCACUGAAGAAUCCUGCUGGUCAGUGACACAGAGGUAUGAUAUGAGCUAGUUUUCAUCUGUCUGGCCAUUGUCCAGAGGAAUGUGUGUGGAGCUAACAGUUACAUUUUUGAGGACCGGCUUUCUCUAUCAUUCCUGUAAGGUAAAGGGCAACACUGGGUUUGGUGCUGACUGCUCCUAAUGAAAAAUAAAACAACAAAAAGUGGCCAGGUGAUCUCAGUUUGAAUAUAAAAGGCAAUAUAUGCAUGCAUGUGAGGGCUUGUGUAUGUGAUUUGGUAACUUUUCUGUGUAAACAUCUUUUGGAAGAGGAUAAACAAAAAAAAAAUGACAUGACUACAGUAAGGCAGAAUAUUUCACUAACUGAUGCAGAUUCAAUCAUUUAUCAGUAGGUAAAUGAUAAUGUCCAAUGAAAAGAUAAAUAGCAAAUGAUCAAGUAUGGACAGGGGAUAGCAUUAAUAUUUUUAGUGUUCACUGGAUAAAAAACUUGACAGAAGGUAGCAGAAAUUUAGAUUGACAUUCAUCCAGGCCAUAAUAACAAAUGGAAUUCAAGAUAAUGUUUUCUAAGAAAAAAGUAAAAACACACAUUAAUAAACCUGGUCCCUGCUUUUAUUUAUUAA